CCUAUCAGGGAGGACGUUUUUGACGCGUGAAGGUGACACUUGCAUUGCAGAGCCGCUCCUAAAGAUCAUAUGCAUCGAUCGGAUUUGCACAUUAACCACACCUAUAACGUAGAAGUAGGAUGAAAAUAUUUGGUCUUAAUUUGAUCGUGGAGCUUUAGAAAUGCUACCGUGUGCAGAAUUCUUGCCUGAGACGAACUCAGACCUAAUUAAUCAAAACGCUUAGUCUAGGCUAGCUAAUAGAACACCGCUCAAUUCGAUGCGAAAAAAUGGCGGAUGACAAGGAUCCCCUGAAACAGCUGAAAGACCUGACGCAGCUAAAAAAUCAGUUGGAGGAGAUCCAGAAGCGAGUCGAGAACGAAAUCUCUGUAGGAAUUCCUCAGGGGGGCUCACUGUUAGGAUCGCCGUUCCUGAAGGGCUUCCUGGCUGGUUAUGUUGUGGCCAAGCUCCGCUCCUCUGCCAUUGUGGGAUUGUUGCUGGGGACCAUCACUGGCAUGUACGCGGCGCAGAACUACCAAGUGCCCAAUGUUGAAAGGACGGUGAAAGAGUUUCUUGACAACUUGAAAAAAGGGAGAAAGUAGAGCCUGGUGCUCCUGCUUGUUUCGUCAGGGACGGACUAAAAAAAGAAAGAGCUGUUGACUCUUAUUUAUCAUGUAAGACUGACAAGGUUUGGUCCUCACAUUUCAUGUUUUCUUGUUUGAUUUUAUUUUCCAUACCAUCUGAUUUGC